AAUUUUUCAUACAAAUGCAUUUUUUGUAGAGACACUCUUCGAAAAAUUCCCUAAAAAAUUGUAUUUCUACUACCAAAGUCUUGAUCGUCGAUUGCGUGGUAUGGAGUCGCCGGAGUGCCCUGUUUGUCUGCAGCCGUACGACGAGCAACAGGCCGUGCCGCGAGUCCUCGCUUGCGGCCACUCCAUCUGCGAGCAGUGUCUCGUCGUCCUUCCCCCUCCGAGCCACGCCCUCCCUGACGCCCUCCGAUGCCCUGCUUGCACCCAGAUCGUCCCCUUUUCCCGAUCCCUCGGCCCCGCCGCCCUACCUAAGAACAUCGAUCUCCUCCGCGUCCUUCCUGUCUCCUCGUCCUCCUCUUUAUCCCCUCCCCCCGAUUCCGGUGCUAAAUCGAAGCCAUCUGGCACUCUGGAGUACUUUCCUGUCUCUGAAAUCUAUCGUAGCCUCUACGCCAUCUGGAAAGACUCCAUCUUGCCUCAGGAAGCAAUAUACCCUGUCCCCUCUGGGAUCAGAACUGACGAGGUUUUGGUGGCUAUUAUGCCCUCUCCUCUCGGUCGCCCAUGGUUUUCUCGCGCCAACCAGCUCGUAACUCUUCUUCCGGUCGCUUCUGUCUCGUCUUUGUCUAAAGAAUCUGAAUCUGAGUGGUUUCGUCUCAGCUAUACCGCGCGCGUGUUGGAGGCCCUGAGCGAAUUGGAUGACGGGACUAGAGCUUCACUGCGUUUUCUAAUAGACGCGUCCUGGAAAGAAAGACGCGGGGUUUGUAAGGUUUAUGGGUUGUGGAUGAAGCCGGAGGAAGAAAGUUCAGAUCUUUACUUGAUUUCUGAAACCUUUGAUCGAAGCCUUUCUGAUGUAUUGAAGGGUGAGAGUAAGCUUAAUAUUUCUGGAGAUAUAUCUGACAAGUUUCUUGCAUUCGUUAAUAUAGGUUUGGACCUAUCUGAAGCAGUGAUGGGUUUACAUUUUCAGGGCAUUGUCUGUGGUUGCUUAACUAUUUCCUGCGUCUCUUUGGAUGAGUUUGGGUAUUGCCAUAUUGAUUUUAACAAAGUCUUGCUAACAAGUUGGAGAACUCAGGAAGAUAUCAGGUCUUUUGUAUCCAGAAAAGGAGGAGAGCAUUGUGCCAAGGACAAGUACCAAUUAUUUGUAAGUCCUGAGACGCUGCUUGUGUAUGAUGAGGAUUCUGGCAAGGAUUGUGGAUCUGAUGGUCCAAUUCAAUAUGCUUCAGAUGUUUGGUCAUUGGCCUGCAUCUUGGCCAUGCUUAUUACUGGGGAUGAAUUUAUUUCUCCUGGGUUAUUUGAUAGUUGGUUUUCAAUGCUUGAAAAAGGGAGAUGUGAGAAUUUUGUUGAACUGUAUGAUGCUUGGAAGGAAAAAGUCGUAUCUAAAUUGAAACAUUUGUUACUAGGAACCCAAUUCGAACAAAUUCUUCAUCUUCUUACAUUGGGCUUGAGUUAUGGCUUGCAUAAUAGGCUUAGAGUCUCUGAUAUUUGGCAUUGCAUUGUCCUUACUUCAUCAAAAACUUUUCUUCAUUAUGUUCCUCCUCUAGAUGGAUUUGCAGCAAAAGAUACAUUACUGUGCUGCCUUGUUCUCGGGAAUUCACUUUGCUCGGUUAAGAAAUCAUCACAUGCUGGCAACUCAAGUGCUUGUAGUACCUCAGAUAUCAACAUUAUAGGCAGCAAUGUGUCCAAUAACCAAAAUCCACAACAGGAGAAAAUUGAUGAGGACCUUGUUAAAAGGAUUCAUGGACACUGCCCAAAAAGCCUGACUCUUGAGGGCCACAGUGAUUGUGUAACUGGACUGGCUAUACAUGGGGAUUUUCUGUUUAGCUCUUCAUUUGACAAGACAAUCCGUGUAUGGUCCUUGCAGGAUUUUUCUUAUAUUCAAUCUUUGAAGGGCCAUGAGCACAGAGUCAUGGCUAUCCUUGUUUUAGAUGACACGAACAUGCCAAUUUGCAUAAGUGGUGACAGUGGAAGUGGCAUUUUUGUUUGGAACAUUGGUGCAUCUCUUGAUCAAGAGCCAUGCAAGAAAUGGUAUGAACAUAACGAUUGGCGUUAUAGCGGAAUUCACUGUUUAGCCCUUUCCUCAACAGGAUAUCUCUAUACUGGUGGAGGAGACAAAUCCAUUAAAGCCUGGUCCUUGCAGGAUUACACCCUUUCAUGCACCAUGACUGGUCAUAAAUCCAUUGUAUCUUCUUUGGCGGUUGCUAAUGGGGUCCUUUAUAGUGGAAGUUGGGAUGGAACCAUCAGAUCAUGGUGGCUCCAUGACCACAGUUCAUUGGCAAUUUUAGGACAUGAGGAACCAGGAAUUUCAGCUCCAAUUUUAUCCAUUUCAAUUGAAAACAAUUUCCUUCUCUCAGCCCAUGAAAAUGGCAUUCUUAAGGUGUGGAGAAAUGAUGAGCUUUUUAAAUCACAACAAAUUCAUAAUGGUGCUAUUUUUGCACUUAACUUAGAUAAAGGGUCAAUUUUUACUGGUGGGUGGGAUAGAAUCAUUCAUUUACAGGUGUUGUCAGAAAAUGAACUAGAAGCAGAAGUUAGUACUAUUGGUUCUAUUAACUGUGACUCAGUGGUAACUUGUUUAUUGUACUGGCAUGGGAGACUUUUUGCAGGACUUUCCAAUAAAGAUAUCAAGGAAGUCUCAAUUGGCUCUUCCAUGUCAAACCUUCCAUGCUAGAAGUCACAUCACAAAAAUCUCCAUUGGCUAAUCCUCUGCUAAACCAUCCACGUUGUUACCCUAGCUUUCUCUAGUGUUGGCUCACAUACCAUACUCAAGUUGCACUAAUGUAUGAUCAUGUAUUGUGACUCACAUUUCUCCAGCUCCGAUUCCACUUCCCUCCAAAUUUAUUACUUCGAUUCUUGAUUUACUUGAUCUGAUCCGCCUUCCUUUUUAACAUCUGACUGACGUGAUUCUGGAUUCAAGAACGUGCCAGAAAGGUACUAUUGCAUACAAUAUGCACUUUUGUACAUUCUAGAAAGUGUGUAACUCAAGUGUCAUGUUUUUUUCCCCCUCCUUUAUGUAUAUAGUUUCCCAUGUAAAUAUAAUUGUGUGAAUACGAAAGUUUGUAAGAUGCGCCUACGCUUGAAGCAAAACUCCAAGUAUAACCGGGCUGGCUGUCCAUAACUAGUAUUUGAAAUGAUUGUGGAAGACAACUAUGAUCAUUGUGAAAUGAUACGAUUGGAUCAUAAAAGUACAUAGAUAGCAUCUGAGUAUAGUCUGGUCAAUUCUUUGACAAAAAGAAGAUACCUAGUGAGUCCGAGUAAGUGAACAGGAAAUUCACCGCAAGCAGCAAGAAUCAACAAAUACUGCUGAUUCUUAUUCUACAAAGUUGGUGACUCCAGGCCAUGCAACCAAGUGACUGUAGGGCAAUAUCCUAUUGUAAUGACGUUUACAAAGUGAUCUUUGAAAUAUUGACAAGUAGAAUUGCAGACAUUGCGGGAGAUAGUUUACAUCCAAGCCAAACAAUAUUUGUUAACGGAAGGUCAAUUCAGUGGGAGUGCUGGCGGUUGUAAAUCUGAAUGGAAAAAGAUGCGGAUGAAAAAAAGGCCUUUAUUAUGAAUGGAAGUCUUUAGUUCACAUUGAAAGUUUUAAGGUAUUGUGGUUGAUUUAUAUUGAAUUACCAUCAAUGAAGGUUGUGAAUAUGUAUGGGGUGACUCUCUCUAAUGUGUGGGUAUGAAGGAUGCAAAUUUAGAGCUUUUGAAUGCAAAAUGACUGAGGUGUGAGCAUGAUUUACGUGUGUUUAAUGUCGGACCAAUCGGUGUAAAAUUUUUCUUCCAAGUAAUAUAGUAGAUUUGAAAUGGUUGGAUGUUAAUGGUGAAUAUGUAACCUGCCAAACAGAAAUAAUCGACUAUUAAUGGACCAUGGUUAUAAUUA